AUGCAGGACCUGGAGCUCAAGCGCGAAUCCGCGCUCGAAGAUGCAAUCGCUGCUCGUGAAGGCUCACGGCGACAAUAUCGUUCGGAGCUACGAUCACACCGCACAGAAAUCCGUGACCUUGAAGAUGAAGUUGCCCCACGAGCUGAACCAGGCACCCGAGAACGUCAGCUGGAGAAGCGCCGCGAAGCUGCCGCGGCCAAUCGUGCAUUUGCCAAUGCGCGUGGGGGGUCCCCCGAGGCAGCCCCCGAUGCAGAGUUGAUGGGAGAGAAUGAUCUAUCGACCCUGAAGAGGGAGAAAGAGAGGGAGCAGCGCAAGAAGAAUGAAAGAGAGAUUCGGCGCGAAGAGAUUAUGCGAGCUCGCGCCGCGGAACGUGAAGAGCGUGUACAAAAAUAUCGCGAAAAGGAACAGGAGACCAUCGGAUGGUUGCAGGCUCUGGCCAAGCAACGAUUCGGCUGA